UGCAACGGGAGGGAGCUUCACGUCAUCUUGCCGAGUGCGGGGAUCGCCGAGGAGCUGGGAGCCGAGCAACUGUAGUUACCAUGGACAACAUGGAUGCUCUUCUCAAAGAGGCAGAGCUGCUUGCACGGCACAUGUCCUCAUAUCAACAUCAGUUACCCCCGGAUCUAGAUUCUGCUUCAAAAGUUAGCGAGGAAGCUAAGAAUGAGCUAAUACAGGAGUGUGAAGACCUCUGGACGGAAAUGAAACAGUGCCAGAACAAGCUGAUGGUUCUAGAUGCAGAAAAAUUACCAGAAUCUGAUGUGCAGCUGCAUCUCCUCAUGUUGAAAGUAAAGGCCCUAACAGCAGAAUGUGAACAAUGGCAAAAUAAGACACCAGACAUAAUCUCCCAGAACCAGGAUAUUCUGCUAGCCGCUGGAAAAGAAGAGCUGAAAGCAACUGACCAGGAGCUUGAAAUGAUGCUCUCCAACGUACGAACAAAGAACAAGAGACUGAAGAGUGACCUGGAGAAAGAAGAACGCUGGUUGGAUGAACAGCAGAAGGCAGUGGAUGCCCUUACAGCCAAGCUGGAUGAGUUGAACAAUCAGGCAGCCAAUAUUUCCCAAAGCAGUGUACACGAGAAGCUAAAAACCAAGCUUCAGAAAAUGGGGGCCUACAGGGAUGAAUUGCUAACUGCACUUGGAGAUUUUUUAUCCGAAAACUUCCCUCUUCUAGAGGAACAGGAUAAGAAGGUCAACAGGAAAAAGGGUACAGCUGAAUCACCACCAGUAGAAUGGAUACCAUUAGCAGAUAUUUUAGAGGCUCUUAUGGGCAAAACUUUGGAUUCUGCUCAUGAUCCUUACAUUAGAAUUAAAGAAGAAUUUUGGCCACCUUAUAUUGAAAUGUUACUCCGAUAUGGAAUUGCAUCGCGCCAUCCUGAAGAUCCAAACAAAAUGCGUCUAGAAGCCUUCCACCAAUGACUGUUUUAUAAGCCUGGUCAAUAUGGAAACUGUUCGCUUCAGCUUUUCAUUCUUGUGCUCCUGGCUAAUCUGCCUCUGAAAACAGGUUCAAGUAAUUUCUUAAUAAGUAGCUCCAUAGUGCAUUUGUAAGAACGCUACCCGAAUUGUGGACAUACCAUAACACAUAAGCCAAAAUGCACUUUUUCUCAGGUUGGCUGCUUCCUCAGAGUCAUGGUAUGGGUCAUGGAAUUAUGUGAUAGAUAUAUGUGAAGAUCAAGAGUCCUAUCACUUAUUUUUUUUUAAUUUAUUUUUUUAACCGUAACUUUGAAAACAAAAUAUUUCAGGAAAGGGUUGUUCACUAGACUUCGCCUAUUUAGUUAGGGUGCACUCUUGGGAAGCAGAUUAUCCCGUUUCAGCAUCAGUCUCCACAUCUGGACAAGCAUUGGUCUAAUGUAAUGGUAAUGAGCAUAUUAAGCUGUUUAGUACUUUUUUUACACACACUCAGAUUUUCUAGAUCCCUGGAACAUCUCUGGGCAACUAGGUGUUCAUUAUUUGUCUUUUUUUCUAUAGAGAAAGGGCAACGAGACUCACUCCAUAUUUGGCACAUCCAUUAGUCAGCUUAGUCAAGAGGACACUGCGCCAGGCAAUCAAAAUUUACAGAUGCUUUGAAGAUAGACAGUGUUUGAUGGCUAGCUUAUAGUAGGCAAAUCUGU